ACGCAUAUAAAUUGUCAUCACAACUUGCAUUUCCUUACUCAGUUAGAAACCAAGAACUUAACCUUCUAAAACAUGAAGCAAAAGAUUGUGAUGAAGGUGCACAUGAAUUGCCAAAAGUGCCGCACGAAGGCACUCAAGGUUGUUGCUGCAGCAAGUGGUGUGAAUUCUGUGGGGUUAGAGGGAGAAGAGAAAGACAAGUUGGUGGUGAUUGGAGAUGGCGUUGAUGUUGUUAAGUUGACAAAUUCUUUGAGGGAAAAAGUUGGACAUACUGAUAUCAUAAGCUUAGCAGAGGUCAAGGCAAGUUAGAAGUCUAUUCUAAAACCAUGAGCAAGAGAUCGAGAAAGUGAAAAACCAUGUUCAUUAUUAUACUUUUUCAUUUUGGUGUAAUUUUUUUUAAAAUUUCUUGUUUAGCUUUUUGUGUUAAGAGGCAUUAGACAUUACAGAGUGGGAAGUAUCAUGCAUGGCCUUCCAAUAUAACUAGUUUCUGUCAAUAAUUCUACCUUGAUAAUGGCAUGUAACCAUAAUGGAACAGAGCAUUUUUUGGAGUUCAAUAAUGAGAUUGUAAAUAAGGGUGCACAAAUUUAACUGUGCAUCUUUUGGUGUCCAAGCAUUUAAUAA